AUGAGGCACUUGGAACUUAUUAACCAUUAUUUCGUCGAGGACACCGCGUGGUGGGACAAGCUCGCAGGCGACGUCACCAUCACGCGUGCGGUGGGCCAGAUGUGGGCCGCCUUCGAGGAGCGCCUCCGCGGGCUCGCGUGCGGGCCGGAGAGCGUCGAUGCGAGGCUGCGCGCGGGCCUCCACCGGAGGGCUGCCGACGACUUCCGCCGCCUCGUCGAGAUGGCGCCGCUCUGGCGGGAGGCAGCGGCCGGCGGCAAGGCACACGAGCUCAAGCAGCUCUUCGACACGUGCUGCGCGGCGGUGCAGAAGAUCAUCGAGGCCAAGAUCGCCGACCAGUCGAUGCUGCAGGCUCAAAUCUCGUGGUCGGCCACGCCCGACGCGCCCAAGGUCGACAAGUCGGUCUGGGACGCGCUCCACCGCUCGGACGCGUUCAUCGACCUCGCCGCGCAUCUCGGCACGCUCGACGAGUGGCUGCACGACACGUGCCUCAACCUGCGCCACGCGGGCACGCUGUGCAAGGCGCGCGCGCAGCAGGAGUUCGACCACAUGCGCAACCGGGUCCUCGAUCUGGCCGAUGCUAUCAAGAAUGGCAAGUGCCACGAGAAGCUGCACGACUCGCGAGAGUGCUCGAUGGACGCGGCCGGCGUGCUGCGCGUCAUGUACUCGAAGCACAAGUACCCGGUGCUGUUCGAGAUGCUCUACGAGGACAUCGAGGGCGACGACCCGACGCCGGACUUCACCACUCUCGAGACGGCCCUCUUCCACGCGCUGAAGUCCUCCCACCAGAUCUUCCAGAGAAUGAACGUCACCCAGGGAGAGGCGCUCACGGCGACGCUCGCUGAGCUCGAGCGCGCGCUGCCGACGAGCGAGGCCAAGCUCGCGCCGCUCAAGAAGGACGUCGAGAUGCGCCACGAGUCGCUGACCGAGCGCCACCACACGCGCAUCGCCGCGGUGCAGAACGAGGUGACCAGGUACUUUGCCAAGGGCGAGUUCAACGCGACCGCGCACCGCAAGAUGGUCGACCUGCGCACGGUGGGCGAGGAGUCGGACGAGUACGCCGACGCGUGCCUCGAGCUCAAGCAGUCGCUCGUGAGGAUCAUCAAGGAUCUCAAGCUGGGCUGCCUCUUCGUCCAGCUCACUCCGCCCGAGGGGCUGGCCAGCUUCGACGAGAGGGAGCGGAUCGUCUGCCCGUGGAACAGCCUGCAGGGCGCGCUCCGGACCAACCACGCCGUCUUCCUCGAGGGCAACCAGCAGAGCAUGCAGGAGGCGGCCGCCAAGCGAGGCGAGCCGUCGCCCGAGUUCUUCGAUCUCAAGGCGGAGGUCGAGCAGGCCAAAGACGAGCUCUACCACAGCCUCAAGCACGCCCUCGCGCCGCUGCUCUCGGCCUUCGACAGCAACGAGCUCAAGCACUCGGCGGAGGGCAUCCACCAGAUCAGCCUUCUGGUCGACAAGCUGCGCGGCGCGGAUGGCCUCUUCGAGAAGGCGCAGCAGGCGAUCGCGGAGGCGCGCACGCAGCAGGUCGCCUACCUGAGGCAGCUCGUCGACGCGUCGAGCCCCGCGAUCGAGGCCACCGCCGCCAAGGGCAACCUCAAGCAGUGGCUCUCGUCGACGUCGAGCCUGAUGUCGCAGCUCGAGCAGCUGAAGAAGCGUGGCACACUGCAGGCCGAGUACCAAACCGCCUUCCACGGGUUGAUCGAGCAGGUCCAAGCCGAGUUCCGGCGGCGCUUCCAGCCGGUGCUGUCGAACGAGUGGCAGAAGCUCCAGCCAGACCAGCUCAACGCGAUCGACAAGGACCUCACCGCGUUCAAGCGCUGGCUGAGCAACGAGGUCACCGCCUUGAUGGCCCAGAAGCUGUGCAUCAACGAUGACGACCUCGAUCUCGCCGAGAAGCGCCUCGCCGCGCGCAGGAUGAGCUUCGUCGUCGUCGGAUUCGAGCACAAGGAGCCGUCCGAGCAGGCGACCAUCAUCGACGACCACGCGCAGAUGCCGAGCGAGUUCUCCGACUUCGUCGAGCGCUACCGCGGCAGCUACGUGUCCGCGUGCAAUCAGUUCAAGUCCCUCUGCAAGGCCGGCCUCGAGACGUGGAAGGCGACCGAGCUUAGCGACUUGAUGAAGAGGAUCCGGAGCUUCGUUCAGCACGACACCUUUGAGGUCUGCGGCGCGGUCGACACGCAGCCGUUUGUCGAGUGCGAGCGCUCGCUGCACAGUUUGUACGGCGACGUGAGCACCGGCUUGAAGAGCAUCGUCGCGAGCCUCUCCUCGACGUGCAAGGACGAGGCCAAUCUCAACACCAGCCUCCGCAUGUAUCUCAAGGGCUACGUCGAGCUCGUGCGCCUGGCGAUCGAUGCCAUAGACGAUCGCGACCUCGCCCACCGCGCGACACGCCUCGUCGAGGGCGGCGAGAACGUCGACCCGGUCAGGUUCGUCUUCGAGAUUAUGAAGACCCGCGCAUCCGAGGCACGCUCCAGUGCGUCCGAGGUUCUCGGCCUGCUGCGCGACCUGCUCGAGUCGCUUCAGGAGGACUCGAUGACCCCCGCCCAGUACCCGAAAGAUUUGGAGAAGAUGGGCGCCGCCCUCGAGCGGCUGCAGCUGUGGGAGGGUAUGCCCGGCGAGGAGUCGAUCCUGCACUUCCUCGUGCAGCUCGAGAGCCUCGUCCCAGUCGGCCCCCCUGCCGCCGCAGCCGCCUCACCCUCCUUAUCCUACGAACCGCUCCCGCCGUCGGCGCCCAAGCUGGGUGCGCUCGUGACGCUGCUCGGCAAGCACAACGAUCGCGUCAGGAACGCGGGCAAGGUGAUCUGCAAGCAGCUUGACGAGACGCUCGAGCGGCUCAUCACCAAGUACGACCCGAGCACCGACCCGCCACUGCCGCGCGAGCCGUUCGAGCUCGCGCUGUGCGGCCAGAUGGACAAGCUGGUCAACGAGCUCGCCUUCCGCGUCGAGGAGGUGCGCCUCAAGCGGAAGGAGAUCACCACCAAGGUGACCGCGCUCAUGAGCGACUUCAAGCAGCACUUCGACGCGCGGCUGCAGGGCAAGAAGUACAAGGAGGCCGACGCGGCGCUCAAGGGCCUCCGCCGCUUCGAGUACCUCGUCGAGAUGGCCGAGUUCAGCCAGUGCGCCUGCGCGCGUCAGGCGUGCUACGAGGAGGCGCUGCGGGCGCACGCGCACUCGAUGCGCGACGCCGCGCUCGGCGCGAUCCCGAACGCCAAGAGGGCGGAGGACCUCGCGCAGCUGCUGAUGCAGCUGAAGCAGUUCGAGGACGGCGUGCCUCUCGCGGCCAAGGUGACGCGCGAGGCAAUCAAGGAGAUCCUCGUCGCGCUGAAGAAGAAGUUUCCGACGUCGAUGACGAUGCUCGCCACGGCGGUCCAAUCGCUCGACAGCGUGCUCGGCAACUCGCUCGUCAACUCGUCGGACGUCUUUGCCGCGAUGAAGGUCGAGCUCUUCAACCAGCGCACGCAGAUGGACUUUGCCGACGUCCUCAAGGGCAUCGAAGGCGAGCCGGGCAUCGACCGGCCCACGCUCGAGAAGAGGUUCCGCGAGUACGAGGCCCAGUACCAGCAGGACCUCAACUGGGCCUUCGGCACCGGCGUGAUGGGCAGGCCGGUCGAGUGGCUCGUCAUGCAGGCCAAGGAGCGCACCAAGACCGUGUACUCGCGCUCGCACCGAGCUGCCGGCAGCGCGGGGCGCGCAGGGAAGAUGGCUCAGGCGGCUGCCAACUGGGCCGGCUUCAGGGACGACUCGCAGAACCAGGUGCCCAAGGUCCUCGCGGCAAUCUGCGCGCUGUGGUCCGUCCAGUUCUACCUCGAGACCAAGGACGAGAGCGCGUCGUCCGGCGACGGCGGCGUGACGACGCGCGCGCCGCACCCGGUGCAGGCGUUGUGUAUCCUCCGCCUCCUCGGCUCGGUCGACUCGGGCCGCGUGCAUCUCGAGAACCACAUCGCCGAGGUGCCGACCGGCGAGGGCAAGUCGCUCGUGCUGGCCGUCACCGCGGCGACCCUCGCCCUGUACGGCUACCACGUCGACUGCGUCUGCUACUCGGGCAACCUCUCGAGCCGCGACAACGACGCCUUCGCAAGCCUCUUCGAUGCGCUGGGCUUGAACGACGGCCGCGCGGAGCUCAUUCGUUACGGCACCUUCGACGAGCUGAGCGAGCGGCUAAUGACGGAGAAGCACGGCGACGUGCGCAGCCAGAUGCAGGCGUCGCUCACCGGGCAGCCGCUCGCGGGCAGCCACGGCCCCGACCACGCGCCGACGCGCGUGCUGCUCAUCGACGAGGUCGAUGUCUUCCUCGACCCCAACUUCUUCGGCGGCGUCUACCGGCCGAGCCUGACGAUUGGCGACGAGCGCGUCUCCAAGCUGAUGCGCGCGAUCUGGAAUGACCCAAGCCAGAAGGUCACCGACCUGCCCGAGUACGCCGGCCUCUUCAAGAAGCCCGCCGUCAUCUUCAAGGGCGACCAGAAGAAGCACGGCUUUGAGUGGUACGCGCAGUCGGCGGCGCUGGACAUGCAGCGCGCGGCGGCCGACUUCAAGAAGAAGCCGCAGGUGCGCGGCUCCGACUACCAGCUCAUCGACGGCUGGGUGUGGUACAAGCAGCAGGACGGGCUCGUCCGCUCCGACAAGCUGACGUACAUGUGGAUGACCAACUGCGUGUACCUUGACCUGUGCGACAAGGGCAGCAUCAGCGAGGAGCAGCUGCUCGACCACGGCCUCCACCUGUACGCCGUCUGCGGAGAGUUCUCCUACGCGCUGCUCCCGUCGACGGAGAGGUACUCCGACCACGUGCCCGCCUUCUACAAGUUCAUCCUCGGCGUGACGGGCACGCUGCGCGAGGGGCGGCUGCCCAGGGAGGCGCGCGAGCUCCUCGAGGACGAGAUCCGUAUCAAGCACAUGACCUACUGCCCGUCGAUGUACGGCCCUUGCGUGCGCGACUGGGACCCGGCGAGCAAGGACAACGUCAAGGUGAGCGAGUCGAAGAACGAGCACUUCCUGAUGAUCACCGACGAGAUCUCGCGGCGGCUGAAGCCGACGAGCCAGUCGUACGACGGCAAGCGGUCGGUGCUCGUCUUCUUCGAGAGCCUCGACGAGCUGCAGGCCUACUUCGACUCGUCCUUUUUCCGCCGCUUCCAGGACGGCGCGAACCGCCUCACCGAGGCCGCGUGCAACCAGCCCGACGAGCGCGCGUCGCUCAUCUCCAAGGCGACGCGCCAGGGGCAGGUGACGCUGGCCACGCGCUCCUUCGGCCGCGGCAUCGACUUUGUCGUCGACGACGAGCACAUGCUCACCGUGGGCGGGCUGCACGUCCUGCUCACCUUCUUCCCGCGCGACGUGCAGGAGGAGGUCCAGAUCAUGGGCCGCGGCGCGCGGCAGGGCCAGAAGGGCUCGUUUAGCCUGAUGUUGCGAUCCGACCAGCUCGAGGACCUCGCCGGUGGCAAGGCGAGUGCGGACGACAUCAAGGCGUGGCUCUCCGACUCGACGCUCUAUGAAAAGAUGUCCGAGAUCCGAUCGGCGCAGGCGGCCGCUGACAUGAAGGAGCGGCUCGAGAAGGCCGAGGACGCAAAGAAGCAGCACGAAGAGGCCGCGGCCGCGCUCAACGCCUUUAGCAGCUCGGGCGGCCGCGACUCGUCGCAGCUCUCCAAGCUCCUGCGCAAGUACAACCACGUGGGCGGCUCGACCACCAGCCGAACGCUGAUGCUCAUCGACGUGACCUACUCGAUGAACUCGCUGAUUGAGAAGACCAAGUCGUGCAUCGGCACGUUCUUCGAUCGCUGCCAGAAGGUGCUCGACGCGGAGAACAUCGCCUCCGGCUUCGCGCUGCAGAUCGCCGGCUACUCCAACUACAACGUCGACGUCGAGCGCAUCGUCGAGGCGUCGACGUGGGAGGCGAAGCCGCACAACCUCGCCCAGUUCCUCGGUCAGCUCGAGACCCGCGGCGGCUGGGGCGAGGAGGCGAUCGAGUGCGGGCUGAUGCACGCGCUGGCCGAGCACAAGAGCUGCCCGAUCGACCAGAUCAUUCUCAUCGGCGACGCGUCGGCCAACAGCCUGAGCGACAUGGCCCACAAGCGCAUGGGCGGCCACCAUGGCGGCGAGAGGUACUGGUCCUCGGCGAGGCCUUCGUGGGCGCCGAGCGGCAUCGCGCAGAAGGAGGCGGUGCAGGUCUUGAACGACAUCCAGCAGGUCAAGCCCGUGCCCGUCCACUGCUACCACAUGCACGACCGCGCCGUCGAGUCCUUCGAGAAGAUGGCGGCGGUCACCGGCGGCGGCUCGGCGCAGCGCCUCGACGUCAACUCAGCCAGCGGCGCGCAGGCGCUGACGGACGCCGUGUGCAAGCAGAUCCUCUCGUCGCUCGGAGGCCAGGCGCUCGCCGACGCGUACGAGCGCAUGAAGCCAUCGUUCAGCCGUUGA